AUGAAUGCAUUGGCCAUUUACGCAAUUGCGGCUGGCGGUAUCUUGGCCGGGCUCUUCCUGGCCCGAACCCUCUCUAUCCUUAUGAACUGGACAACUCUGCUUUCUGUUCUCACUUCUCGACAUCUAACCCUCCCUUUUAUUGUUCAUAGACAUCGGCUUUGGGGGCCGUGGUCUCGAGUCGGUGUUCUUCUGCACGUGUCAUAUGCCGCGAUCAAUGUCUUUCUCGUUCUCUAUAAAAUAAAAUCGUUGGCUGGCGCUGGCCGUCGGGCAGGGGAAUUAGCCCUAGUCAAUCUGAUUUUUCCUUUAUCGGCGACCCAUCUAAGCAAUUUAGCUGAUCUUCUUGGUAUUACCUGGCGCACCUGUCGCAGAAUUCACCGCGCUGCUGGUUGGAUGGCCGUUGCUCUGCUGUCAUUUCACAUCAUUGCGGCAGUCCAGGACCGGCAAUUUAGUUUUCCGCUCGAUCAACCGCAAAAUCUAUUUACCACGAUCGGUGCUACAUCACUGGGUGUCCUUGCCCUGUUUUCCAUUCCAUGGUUUCGCCAGUGGUCGUACGAGAUCUUUCUCCGAGGGCAUCAGAUCCUGACAGGUUUUUUUAUCUACGGCACCUGGCGUCAUCUUCCGACCAAGAGCGGCCCUCCAAAGCUUUAUUUCUGGAUUGCUAUGGGGAUGCUGGGGCUAACCUCAUGCUCGCAGCUGAUAUCGCUGUUAUAUCGAAACGGGCUAUUUGCUGGCCACGGUGCUCCCAGGGCCCUCGUAUCGUUCACCUUUAGGAAAUCGAAGGAGAACGGCCUUACCGUAACAGCUGCCCGGAUUCGCGUCCUCUUGCCUCGACCAGUCCAUGUUGAGGCCGGGCAGUAUAUCAACCUCUGGAUACCAUCGGUUGGUUUAUGGUCAUGGACACAGACACACCCAUUCACAGUCACAUCAUGGUCACGCGGUAGACAGGAAACGAUGGAGCUACUUGUGCAACCACGAAGUGGUUUAUCCGCUGAUCUUGUUAGUCACGCCUCAGUGGCCGCAGAAAGCUCGGUGUCUUUCUUGGCCUUGUUCACUGGACCUCAUGGGACGAGUGAGGACGUCAGUCAAUAUGAGAGUGCCUUGUUUAUCGCGAGUGGGUUUGGAAUAGCCGCGGCAAUUCCGUACCUUAAGAAAAUGAUCUACGGUUAUAACACCUGCACCCUACAGAUUCGCCGGCUUCACUUGGUAUGGCAAGUAGAGUCUAUUGACAUGACAAUGGCGGCCCAGGGCUUGCUCAAUAGUCUCCUCGAGGACGACAUCAUAGAUAAAGGCUAUAUCCUCAACAUAUCUAUCUACGUGAAGAAUGGCCUCGCACACAGUAAAAUACCUUUUGGGAAGCAUGAACGAGUCUGCCUUUACCAGGGCGCGCCUGAUUAUAGAAGUAUCAUCUCGCUGGAGGCAUCCGGCGACCAGAUCGAAAGGCUGCCGAACAUCCGGGACGAGCAAGGUCGGACACUGGUGAUGGUCUCCACAGCGGAGAAUCUCAGAGAUCACAUACGGGAGAUCGUCCGAGAUUACCUGCAUCAGGGUGUAAAGCUUUCAGAAGUAGAGUACCAGCCCAAUGCUGGUUGA